CCAAUCGUAGUGGAUAUGGGCCUAUAUGGGAUCUGGCCUGCUGGGCCCAAUUCCCAGCCGUUAAGUCUCGGACUCGAUCGUGAUCGUGCCACGAGCAGACAGUUAGUAACGCACUCAUGCGGACGCAUAGAUAGAUAUAACACCAAAUUACUCUUUCUUCUUUUUCUUGUCUUCUCUGUUGGGAGCAACGUUGCAAUUAAUCAAAGUGCAAUAUUUACAAACUGUUUUCAAAUUUCCGUAUGGUGCCUCAUGGAUCCUUUUGAUGAUAUUCUACCAACGGCUCCUGCUGCACGUACUCGGCUGGGUGCCAAGUUUAUUCCAAAGGCCAAAUCGAAACAGUUUCCUCGAAAGGGAAUACCAGCAUCAGAACAUUCCACCUCAUCUAAAGAUGGAAUUUCGGGAAAUGAAUGUCAAAAUGCAGUUGCUUCAGCUUUAAGUAUGCCAGCGGAAGAACCUAAGGGGUCCGUUCAUCAUACACAGGUAGAAAUUCCAAAUUCAGAGGAUUCCACAAAUCGUAAACAAGUUAGUGUGAAAGGAGAUAGUGCAGCCUUGGUAGAUGAUUCCACAAUCACCGCAACUGAAGUUGAUGCUGAUCAGAAAUCUAUGAACUUUUUAAAACCAAUAUGUGAGGUUACUGAGGGAGAUCCAGUAUAUUUUGAGGGGGCCUCAGUCACUAGCUUCGUUCCUGAGACUAACCUCAAUAAUGGCACAACACAACCAGUUCACCCUGCUAAUGCUGUAGAAAAUGAAUUUAAUGUGGCUGCUCCAUCUGCAACUUGCUCAGCCAUAGAUAGGAUGAAAGAACAACCUAAAAUUGGGGAAGGUUCAUUUCUUGAUAGCAACAAGCUUAUUGACAAUUCAAUCCAAGUUGGCACGGAUUUGGGCUUCCAAGGUUCUUCAGAUGAUAAGAUUGCAAUAAUUCAGAGCAACUUUGAUUCAAAGUCAAACUUUGGAAAAAAACAAGAGGGAGUAUCUGCAGAAUUUGAAUUGGAUCCUUUCAGCAACAUACUCCCUUAUCCUGGUGCUGGGAAUGUUCAUAAAUUUAAACCCAAGAUUAAGCCACGACCUAGAGUUAGCAAUGUGCCAGCAAUUGCUUCUGAUUCAUCUAAUGUUAUGAUGGAAAAAUCUGUUGAAUUGCCUACAUCUUGCACAAACGACUUUCAAUUUUUUCAGUCUUGUGGUGAUGGCAGUGGUGGACUAAACCAAUCAGCCAGUUUACCUUUGCCAACAUCAGAGAUUCUUAGGACAACUGAAUUACCUGAUAAGUUUGAUGAUACUAGCUCAAGUAUUCUCUCUGAAGACAAUAAGAGCUUGGCAGCUGCAAUUCCUUCCCAACUGGAUUCCCUAAAUGCCAUGCUUUCAGAGGAUGCAGUUCAUAAUGGAACUACAGAUUGGCCUUCUAGCUUUGGUAAAUCAUCCAGAGAGGCUGCAGACAUUUUUUCUGGGCUGGAAUCCCUUGAUGAUUUUCUCACCCAGGCUGCCACUGGUACAGGAAAACCAGCCCUUCAUUCUUUUAAUGGGAAGGGUGGAGAGGAAAAUUUUGUCACACCUGCUCCUAGUUCCAUUAACUCUUUUGGGGAAUGUGAUACUACCCAAGUUCAAAGGUGUCCCGAGUAUCAUACUCCUCAAGAUUCAUUAACCUUCAAUGAAGCUGCAGUCUUCAAUGAGGAUGAUAUUCACACUAGCAAUAGGAGGUUGGAAACAGAGGAAAUUGUGGACUUGAAUCCUGCCUGCCCAGGUGAUGAUGUGAUUGAUUAUCAAUCCAUGAAAUCUGGCGAAGAUCCAACUUUGGGAAUUCCAGUGCAUGAAGAGUUGACAAAUGCUGCAGAUAGUCCCACAUUGGCUGAUUUUUUGCAUGCAGAUGUUACAAGGGAAAAAGAAGAUUCCAAUAAGAGAAAAAAGGAUGGCUCAACAUCAUGUUCUCUAAGGAAGAACAGAAGAUGUAUUGCUGGUGAGGAGGAUAAAGGUGCUAAAACCUCAAGGCAGCUGAGAAAACAAGCAGCUCGUAAACCUGCAAACAGUUCACUCAAUGAGGAUGUUGAAGAUAAUAAUGACCUUGACCCUUCUUAUAAUUCUAAUGGAGAUGAACUUCAAGAAAAUGAUGACGAGUAUGAAGUUGAUUAUCCAUCCAGGAAGAGAAGAGUAUCAAAUAGUUCACAGAAGAAACCUGUGGCUAAAAGUGGAAAAACAUCUCAAAAGCCUAAGAAGGCUAAUGAUGAUUUAGAAAAAACUGAGGAACCUCCCAAAAAGUUCUCUCAUUCAACCCGACGAAGAAAAAGAUGCGUGGACAAGGCUCUGCUGGAAAUUCCUGAGGAUGAACUUGAUCGUCUAAAUAUACCUAUUAAGGAUAUUAUUUUACUUGAAGAACAUAGGGAGCGGCUGGCGAAAAAAGAGGCGAUGACUUCAAAUACUUCUUCCACCAACCAAAGUGGUGGAGAUUCUCUUCAUGAGGCUGGUUCUUAUAAUGAAGGGGCUUAUGAUGAUGGAGCUUAUGAUGAUGGGGCUUAUAAUGAUGAGGAGUUCUUAGGUUCAGAAGAUGGUAGAGACCCAUAUGAUAAUCAGGCCAAUGAAGGGAUCACAUCAACUUCCGUUUUACUCAAUUACCAGUCUUUCAGGGAAAAGAAGACACCUAGGGGAAAAUGGUCAAAACAAGAAACUGAACUGUUUUAUGAGGCUGUUAGGGAGAUGGGAACAGAUUUUUCUGUGAUACAAAAGACUUUUUUCCCUGAUAAAACACGGCAUCAAAUUAAGUUGAAGUACAAGAAGGAAGAGCGGCAGCAGCCUUUACAGCUAACCGAUGCUGUAAAUAACAGUGCAAAAGAUCAUCCUCAUUCUAAGUUGUUUAUUGAACUACUAAAACUAGCUUCCACCAAGGCAGAAGAAUACCCCGGUAGAGAUGCCUCAGAUUUGGUGAUGGCGGAGGAGGUUGUGGACCUAACCGCUGGAACUCAUGAAGAGGUUCCGAAGGCCGCAACAAAAAAGGAGGAUGCCGAUGUUAAAGCACAGGAAGAUUCUGUGGCAGUUCCUAGUCCAGAGCAAUCUGAUGACAGUGACGAUGACUUUCAAAAAUGGUCUCAGUAUAAAUGUGGCUAUUAGUGAUUAAUGAUAAAGAAUGAAAUAUAACUUACUUUUAUCUCAUUUAUUUUUCAUUAUAGUUAGUAUGAAAUUCUUUUAAUUGCUCAAUAAUUGUGAAAUCAUUUUUCCAUCUUCUGAUUCCAUAGUCCAGGGCAUUUAUUAUUAUAUUUUUUUUCAAUUUUGCAUACAGUAUUUUCUCAAGAAUGUAUUGUGAAUUUGUAAUCUACAUUCGAGUUCAUUAAUUCCUUAUAAUUGUGUUAUUUGUUCUU